GUAUUCAGUGUGUCACUUCUGACUGACCCAUAAAGUCUGUUAAACAACAAGGGACUGCAGAUUUGAGUUGGAUUAUCAACUAUCAACAACCAGCAGAUUGCCAUCUUUACAGGUGACCAUGAGAAGCCUGUUGUUGACAGUGGGCCUCUGCCUGACCCUGCUGUCUCUUACAUCUGGAUAUCCUACUGGGGCUCCCAGUGGUGCAUGCAUCAGCAUGUUUCCGAAUCAUGGUGUGAACCCACAGACCAUGCCUUCACCGUACCAAAUUACGCUUAGUAAAACAAACUUCACAUCUGGAGAUGAAAUCACAGUUACCCUGGCUAGCUCCUCUGGAGAACAGUUCAAGGGUUACCUGUGCCAGGGACGUUAUCUCGAUGCUAGCAUGAACCAAGAAAUAGCAGUUGGAUCUUUUGAUGCACCUGCAGGAGCUAAGCAAGAAUGUUCGGGGGCUAUGGGGAACGGUGUGACACACUCUUCAAAUUCUCUUAAGACAAGUGUAACACUAAAAUGGACGGCACCAAACCCCAGUUCAGCUCACGUCAGAAUCUAUUGUACAUUUGUGAAAGAGACCGCAACAAUUUGGGUACAGGAGCCUUCAGCUAACCUGAUAGAUGGCGCUGGUGGACCUUUACCAACCACACCUCCACCACCCUCUCCAGCUGCACCCAUUGCCAUAUCUGUAAAUGACUGUGGGUCUGGUAAAGGUUGUUAUCGUGUCCCAGAUGGCUGUGAUGAAGCCAGCUGUAGAUACCUUGUGACGUGGAAAGAGAGUAGCCAAGAUAGCGAUUAUUUCACAUUUGAGAUGAGCUCCAUCAAUACUGAAUAUAUUGCAUUGGGGUUCUCUCUGGAUAAACAUAUGGGCGAUGACAGUGUUGUUGUCUGUGCAUACUCUAACAUUACGGGAACUGUUGUCAUACAAAACUACUAUAAUGAAGGAAAGGGAAGUGGACGAGUUUCUAGCACGGGACUCACUAGAGGAAGUGGCUAUCUUGGUGGCUCAAGAAUAAGCUGCAGGUUUGAUCGCAAGAAAAUGAUUGAUGCGGACCAAAUCUUUAACCUUGAUAAAAUGUACUACCUACUAGUGGCCCAGGGUUUUGCUGCACCAACUGGAGCCAUCAAGAAACAUCAGGUCAUGACUGAUGGCCAAUUUCCUCUUGUUUCGCCUGCUAUGGUGGAUUUCUCAGGUAGUGGUAGUAAACCAUCACUGACCGGCAGAGCCACCUAUCCUCUGAUGAAAGUUCAUGGUUGCUUGAUGACCUUAGCGUGGGUACUAACAGCCAGUGUUGGGAUUAUAUUGGCGAGAUAUUACAAACCUAUGUGGGUCAAAUCUAGAGCGUGUGGAGAGAGAGUUUGGUUUCAGAUACAUCGCUCUUGUAUGAUAACUACAUUGGCUCUCACUAUUAUCGCUUUCAUAAUUAUCUUCGUGGAAGUUGGUGGCUACAGCUUAUGGAGAGGUUAUUCCUGGUGGGACGCCCAUCCAAUCCUUGGAAUUAUUGUUACAGUACUUUGUAUACUAAACCCUAUACUUGCAUUAUUCCGCCCUCAUCCUGAUACGCCUAAUCGUCCAAUUUUUAACUGGGUUCAUUGGGGAGUAGGUACAGUUGGCCAUGUGUUGUCUGCUCCAACAAUUUUCCUUGGAAUGGGUUUCCCAAAGGUGUUUGUGCCAUGGUGGGCUACAUGGAUCAUGGUGGCUUGGGUGAUCUUCCAUGUCGUCUGUGAGCUUAUCUUGGAGAUCCACCAGUGCUGUAUGAACAGAAGGAACAAAGAGAAGAGAGAAGAGAUUGAAAUGGAAAAGAAGGGAGAUCCAAGAAUGGCUGACGUUGAACCCAAAUACUCUGGUCGUCGCUUCAAGUGCUGUAUGCUGAGCCUUUACCUGAUAGUGACAUCUAUCCUUGUUCUGGUGCUCGUUAUCGUGAUUGCUGCUCUCGUACAAGUACCAUUUUGA